ACAGUUGGGAAGACCAUAAUAUUGAAGAACAUUGUCAAAGUUCUGGAAGAAAUAGAAGGUUCAAAAAAUGUCAUACUGGAGAGAAACCCUGUGAAUAUAUUCAAUGUGCAAAAGCUUUUUCACAACAUAGUCAUCUUCAAAUGCAUGAAAGAACAUUUCCUAGGGAGAAACCCUACAAAUGUAAUCAUUGUGAUAAAGACUUUGCAUAUGCCACUAGUCUCCAACUACAUGAAAGAACACAUACUGGAGAGAAACCCUACAAAUGUAAUCAAUGUGAUAAAGACUUUUCACAACACAGUGACCUCCAAAUACAUAAAAGAACACAUUCUGGAGAGAAAGCCCACAAAUGUAAUCAAUGUGAUAUAGCCUGUUUAAGUCACAGUCAACUCCAAAUACAUGAAAGAACACAUACUGGAGAGAAACCCUACAAAUGUAAUCAAUGUGAUAAAGGUUUUUCACAAUAUGGUAAUCUUCAAAUUCAUGAAAGAACACAUUCUGGAGAGAAACCCUAUAAAUGCAAUCAAUGUCGUAAAGCCUUUACAAGUGCCAGUAGUCUCCGAACACAUGAAAGAACACAUACUGGAGAGAAACCCUACAAAUGUAAUCGAUGUGAUAAAGCCUUUUCACAACAUUGUCAUCUCCAAACACAUGGAAGAACACAUACUGGAGAGAAACCCUACAAGUGUAAUCAAUGUGAUAAAGACUUUUCACGACACAGUCUUCUCCAAAUACAUAAAAGAAUGCAUUCUGGAGAGAAACCCUACAAAUGUAAUCAAUGUGAUAAAGCUUUUGCAUGUUCCAGUACUCUCCAAAUGCAUGAAAGAACACAUACUGGAGAGAAACCCUACAAAUGUAAUGAAUGUGAUAAAGCCUUUUUACGACACAGUCAUCUUCAAAUACAUGAAAGAAUACAUUCUGGAGAGAAACCAUACAAAUGUAAUCAAUGUGAUCAAGCCUUUGCAUGUUCCAGUGGUGUCCGAAAACAUGAAAGAACACAUUCUGGAGUGAAACCCUACAAAUGUAAUCAAUGUGAUAAAGCCUUUUCACAACACAGUCAUCUCCAAAGACAUGAAAGAACACAUACUGGAGAGAAACCCUACAAAUGUAAUCAAUGUGAUAAAGCCUUUUCACGACACGGUUAUCUCCAAAGACAUGAAAGAACACAUUCUGGAGAGACAUCCUACAAAUGUAAUCAAUGUGAUAAAGGCUUUUCACAACACAGUAACCUUUAAAU